AUGACCACCAAGGCUGCCAGGCAGGUGUCCGAGGCUGAGGCUGCUAGGCAGGCCGCCAGGGUAACCACCGAGGCUGCCAGGCAGGUCUCGGUAGCCGAGGGUCUGAGGCAGGCCGCCGAGGCUGCUGGGGAGGCCGCUGACGACGAGACGGAGAACGCGAGGAUGUUCAUCGAGCAGGCGAAGCAAAUUGUUGCCGACGACAUCAAGCGUGCCGUGGAGGAAGCCAGGCGUGAAGAGAGGGCCAAGCACGACGAGAUGAUGAUGCUUGCCGUGCAGGUCGUCACGCGCGACGUGGCGGCCAAGGAUGCUGCGGCCAUCAAGCUUGCCGUGGAGGAGGCGAAACGUGAAGAGGCGGCCAAGCAUGCGGAGGCAAGGCGUGACGAGGCAGCCAGUCUUGUCCAUCUGUCGAUGGACGCAGCGGUGCAGGCUGACGAGAAAUCGGCCUUGCAGUGUGAAACCCAGGUAAGGCUUUGA